CGCGAAGGCGAGCACGUGGGCGGCGGCGAAGGCGAUCAGCAUUAAUGGCUGGAGUGCAAUGGUGCAAUCUUGGCUCACUGCAACGUCCGCUUCCCGGGUUCAAGUGGUUCUCCUUCCUCAGCCUCACAAGUAACUGGGAUUACAGGUACCUGUCACCAUGCCCAGACAAAUUUUGUACUUUUAGUAGAGACGGGGUUUCACCAUGUUGGCCAGGCUGGUCUUGAACGCCUGACCUCAAGUGAUCCACCCACCUUGGCCUUCCAAACUGCUGGGAUUACAGGCAUGAACCACUGUGCCCGGCCAAGUUUGGUAUUUAUUGUUGUUUGGAUUUGCAUUUUCCUGCUUAUUACUCAAGUUGAGAUCUUUUCCAGAUUAUUGGACUUUUCAAGUUUCCUUAUUAUGAAUUGUCUGUUCCUGGUUUUUGCCUAUUUUUCCAGUUGAUUGUUGGUCUUUUGAUUGUGAAUUUUUGUUUAUUGUGAAUUUGUGGGACUUAAAACAUUUUUGCAUAUUAAUUCUUUUUUUUUUUUUUUUUUUUUUUUUUCAGACAGAAUCUCACUGUCACCUAGGCUGGAGUGCAAUGGGGGGAUCUCAGUUCACUGCAACCUCCACCUCCUGGGAUCAAGCGAUCCACCUGCCUUGGCCUCCCAAAGUACUGGGAUUACAGGCAUAAGCCACCAUGCCUGGCCACUGUAUAUUACUUUUUAAUUUUACAAGUUGCAAAUGUUUUCUCAUGAUCUGUCACUUUCUUUCUUUCCUUCCUUCUUCUCUUCUUUUCUUUGUCUUUUUUUAAAUUUGAGACAGGGCCUCACUCUGUCACCCAGGCUGGAGUGCAGUAGCAUGAUCACGGCUCACUGCAGCCUUGAACUCCCCAGGCUCAGGUGAUCUUGCCACCUCAGCCUCCAGAGUAGCUGGGAGAACUACAGGUGCAUGCCACCAUACCCAGCUAAUUUUUUUUUUUUUUUUUUUUUUUUUUUUUUGUGGAGAUGGGGUCUUCCUAUGUAGCCCAGGCUGGUCUUGAACUCAUGGGCUCAAGCAAUCCACCCAACUUGGUCUCCCAAAGUGCAGGGAUUAUAGGCGUGAGCCACUGUGCCUGGCCCUGUCAUUUCUUUUUUCAGAGAGGAUAACUUAUUUGUCCUACAGAAAGUUUUAAAUGUUGAAGGAGAUUGGCCUGGAAAUAUGCUUUUGGGGAGCAACAUGGUCUGAGCCAGACCUCCAGAUACAGCCCAUUCUUCUGGCCAGUCUUGCCCUUUGCUCCUGAUUCUCCAAGCUGUACCCAGAGCUCUCUGGUCCAGCAUGUACCUAGAGGCUGCUUUUGACCAUGUUUUGAGAGUGGCAUGGCUUUAUCUAAUGGGAUGAACCUGGCUAAAGAGAUUAGCAAAACGUCUUGUGGAUCCCACUUUUAAUCUGCAGCGUUCAGGCUGCCCCUUCUUGGCUGGGAAGGGCGCUGAAGAAACAACGCCCAGGACCAGGACUAUCCUGUGCUCAAGCUGUGAUUCCGAGACCCCUGCCACCACUGCUGCAUUCACGGGGAUCACAGGCUAGUGGGGCUCGACAUGGGCAGCCCCCAGGGCAGCUUCCUACAGCUUGGGCCAUCUGCACUUUUCCCAAGGCCCUAAGUCUCCGCCUCUGGGCUCUUUAAGGUUUGGGGUGGGAGCUGUGCUGUGGGAAGCAGCCCGGACUACACUUGGCCAGCAUGGCGCUACUGAAAGUCAAGUUUGACCAGAAGAAGCGGGUCAAGUUGGCCCAAGGGCUCUGGCUCAUGAACUGGUUCUCCGUGUUGGCUGGCAUCAUCAUCUUCAGCCUAGGACUGUUCCUGAAGAUUGAACUCCGGAAGAGGAGUGAUGUGAUGAAUAAUUCUGAGAGCCAUUUUGUGCCCAACUCAUUGAUAGGGAUGGGGGUGCUAUCCUGUGUCUUCAACUCUCUGGCUGGGAAGAUCUGCUACGACGCCCUGGACCCGGCCAAGUAUGCCAGAUGGAAGCCCUGGCUGAAGCCGUACCUGGCUAUCUGUGUCCUCUUCAACAUCAUCCUCUUCCUUGUGGCUCUCUGCUGCUUUCUGCUGCGGGGCUCGCUGGAGAACACCCUGGGCCAAGGGCUCAAGAACGGCAUGAAGUACUACCGGGACACAGACACCCCUGGCAGGUGUUUCAUGAAGAAGACCAUCGACAUGCUGCAGAUCGAGUUCAAAUGCUGCGGCAACAACGGUUUUCGGGACUGGUUUGAGAUUCAGUGGAUCAGCAAUCGCUACCUGGACUUUUCCUCCAAAGAAGUCAAAGAUCGAAUCAAGAGCAACGUGGAUGGGCGGUACCUGGUGGACGGCGUUCCCUUCAGCUGCUGCAAUCCUAGCUCGCCACGGCCCUGCAUCCAGUAUCAGAUCACCAACAACUCAGCACACUACAGUUACGACCACCAGACGGAGGAGCUCAACCUGUGGGUGCGUGGCUGCAGGGCUGCCCUGCUGAGCUACUACAGCAGCCUCAUGAACUCCAUGGGUGUCGUCACGCUCCUAAUUUGGCUCUUCGAGGUGACCAUUACAAUUGGGCUGCGCUACCUGCAGACGUCGCUGGAUGGUGUGUCCAACCCCGAGGAAUCUGAGAGCGAGAGCGAGGGCUGGCUGCUGGAGAAGAGCGUGCCAGAGACCUGGAAGGCCUUUCUGGAGAGUGUGAAGAAGCUGGGCAAGGGCAACCAGGUGGAAGCUGAGGGCGCAGACGCAGGCCAGGCCCCAGAGGCUGGCUGAGGGCCCUGGGGUCCCUCCCCUCCCGAACACUGAGAAAUAGUGGACUCCAAGAAACGUGGAUCUCCCCCUCGUCCAACUCUGAAAGUCUGAAUCUCCCCGGAGGGCACCAUCUUACAGAGACUCUCCCUGAGGGUGGAAUUUAAGUUUAGGGUCCCUAAAAGCAUUUGACACACAGUUGUUGAAUGACUGACCCAAAAUGUGAACGAAUGAGCUCCCUUCAGGCCCGCUGCCCUAGGAUAUGCCCUCCUGGUGACUCAGGGGCUUUCUCAGAGGACUAGCCCAGGACCCAUCUUUCUCACACAGAUUUAGUCCCACCCUAUGGCCACUGGCCGUAUCUGAGGGCUGCUCCCCUUUUAGAAUUUACCUCUUAUGAGCUCCAUGUUGCUUCACUCUAUAUCCAAAGUGUCACUUGGUGCAUAAGCACAGAAAUCUGAAAAAUGGCCAUGUUGUCUUUUUUUUUUUUAAUGCCAAGAUUGACAGGUUGGCUGUUUGCUUAAUGCCAGAAGUUGGGGGAAAGUUACACUUUUCUAAGAAUAAUGGACUCUUAAGGCAUUGAGGGCUCUAAACAGGAUUCUUUAAUCAUGGAGCAAGAGCAUUUCAAGGCAGGAGAUUAUUUCCCCCACCAAAAACACAGUGAAAGGCCUGCUUUUGUGUCCCAUUCACAUGCCCUCAGUCACUGAGUCUGGAGUGAACCAUGGGUUGAGGAAGUCAGGCUAUUGGCGUGUCCCAGCACCACCACCCCUGAAGUGCCAGGUGAUCUCCUGUGGCUCAUCUGUGGAAGCAGUGGGGUAGGCUGCUGCCCUGCUGUGGAAGAGGAGCAACAAUCAGACAUGAGUCCACCCUUUGGAGACCAGGCCUCAGCUCUAGGUGGGCCCAGGGACACUCACACAGGUGGCCAUCACAGCCCCAUGGACAACACUAAUUGUCCACAGCAAAGGGCAAGGAAUCCUCUGGGAGCUUCUUCUGUUUCUUCCCCCGAGAUAUCCAUCUUGAAAAACACUAUUUCUGGAAUGCUUCUGCAUCAAAGGAGAUUCUUUGAGAUAGCCCAUCUUCCUGAGCUAGCAAAUACAGGAGUUUUCACUUUCUUUAGGAAAGAGAAGCUUUCAGGGGAAGGAGAGAAUGAUUUUGCUGACUUCCCAAGCCCUUGUGACCAGACCAAGGCAGGGCCCAGCAUAAUUCCGCCAGUUGGAUGAACAUUCAACAGAGCUCAUUUCUACCUGGCUGGAGACCGAAGCCAGAAGGCAAAAACCAGAAAGGGAACAGUCCAUAAUUUACCUCUGCUUCUGAUCGAUGGUGUUUGGGAAGAGGUUACUUUGGACUGAGUUUGGGUUCUUUGCUGUCCUAAGAACUUCAGUGUAGAGAAAAUAAGACUUCUGGUGCUGCCUGGGGUAUGUUCUGGGCUUAAUUCCCCCAAGCAGAAGACCAGAUCCAAGAUGUCUGGACACCCUGUCAGACAUUGGUCCCAAGUUUAAUUAGAUUUCUGAAUCUCGUUGAGGCCAAGGAAUGAUCCAUACUGAAAAAAUGCUGAGCCGGCCAUCUUUGGCAAAGGUCCCUGAGCUCUCGCCGUCUCUCAAGAGUGCUGAGAACCACGGUGAAAGUGCUGCUCUA